CAUAUGGCUGUUAAAAUUCGUGUGUAAGAGCAUUAUCGAGCUCUAAAUGUAGGUAAUGUAUUAAAAUGUUCGGAGUGAAUUAUAGUAUAAACUUUGGAGUACAAAGUGAAUACACUUCUCUGAUUUGGUGAAAAUAUGGCAGCUGGUGGGGAGGAUUUUGAUUCUUGGCUGAGUUUGAAAUUGCUUGCUCUCAAUAUCGAUGAAGGAGUAUUUGGAUCUUACAUUAAAGGCAUUUUGGACGGAGAUGAAUCACUGGAGGAUAAAACUGAAGCCUUGGAAGGGAUUCUGUCAGAGAUAACAGAAAAUGGUAUUAGAAACCACUGCAGAGAGAUUCUGGAGAAGUGGCGAAACACUUCUCAGGCAGCUAGUUCGGUAAAGGAAGCAGAAGUUGCAGGAGCAGAAGCAAUGGAUAUAAAACUGGCAAAACUCAUGGAAUCUCAAGCUCGUCCAACAACUGUUCAGAGAACUUACACAGAUGAGGAAAGAAGAAUUCGUGAAGCUAUUUUGGCACAGUAUAGUCAGAUGUCGGACCAAGACGAUGAUGAGGAUGAUGGUGACAGAGGUGCUGAAGCGAAAGAGAAUGGACUUGUAAAGAACACUAAUGCCUCAGUCGUCCAGCAGGCUGAGAAAGAAAAAAGAGAAAAAGCAAAACUGGAAAGUCAGAAAAAGAAGGAAAAAGAUAGAGAAGACAGAGAGAAGCAGAAACAAAUUCAACAAGAAAAAAAGGAGAAACGCAAAACACAGAAGGGGGAGAGACGAAGAUAGCAAGAUCUCUCAAACAUCAAAUUACAUUGUAUGUGUUGUGCUGUGUUAAUUUAUUGCCAUUGGAUCAGUUAUGUUGAUUGUAGUACCUACAGUAUCCUUAAUCAGCUGUUUUAUCUCAGCUGCCUUUUAGGAUGUCCACAUUAGUAUUAGUGAGGGCACAGCUUGGGGUAUUACAAUGCCAUGAGUGGCUGCCACAAAUGGACGAUGUCUCUGCAGUAGACAUUCGAGUGAAAUAAAAUUGACUUUAUAAAGUGCAUCAGUUUUGUGACAUUUCAAUCACAGUUUUUUUGCCCCCCCUCGUUGUAGUAAGACCUUUUCCGUAUCAGACAUUGUUAUAUUGUAAUUUCCUGUAAUGGAUUUCAAUACUUGUGAGAAGCAUUUUCUGUGUUACAUAUUUUUUAAUAAUAAUAAUAUUUUUAUUACUGUUGUUGACUUUUAUCGCCAUUGUUGCUAAUUAUUACUGCUAGAAUCUCCAUCACUUGUCUGUCUUAUAAUUUCUCGUGUUGGAAGAAUUGAGAGUAAUUAGAAAAGUAAAAGUGUCAUGAUGUCAGGAUUAUGGGGAUCAUGCAUGGUAAUCCUUUCAUAAAAUUAAGUUGUAUGUUAAUUAUUGUAUUCAAAUUAUAUUUAGAUUAUUUAUAAGAAAAUGAGCCCCUUUCUGGUAAUAAGAUUUUUAAGAACAAUCAGUAAAACAAUUUCUGUGUAUAACAAGAAUGAAAAUUUCUGGACGGAGCACAGGAACAUAUAACAGAAAAUACUGUUCACACUAGCUUUUGAGCACUAGCUCUUUUCCCAAUGGUAGUACACACAUUCACACACACGAUGAUGCAGAUACCCAAACACUCACACUCCGUACCCAUAGUGAGACUCAGUUUCAGAAAUUUUCCCUCAGUUUUUGUUGGCUGCAUAAAUCAUGCCUUAUUUGUGUUGUUUUGAAUGAAAGCCAACAAAUUACAUAAAAAAACUAAUGAUUUGUGAUUAAGGUACGCUUUUUACAAGUAUUAUAUAAUUGUGUCUUUUUAAGACAGCUUUUAUCAUUGAUAUUGUUUUUAGUUUUGGGGGUGAUUACAGUUGCACAUGUGUCUCUAGCAUCUAUGCAGUUGUAAGGUUUAGUGGGGGGGAGUGAAUAAGGGAAAGUUACUGAGGAGGAAUGUGAGUUAGUGCUCUUCAUCUGCAGAUUUAAAUUCAAAAUUAUCACUCAAACCUUCCAAAGGCAAAUUGUUUUUUAUGUCUGUAGUAAAGGAUGUUUUUGAAACUAGCAAUUAUACUAUUAUUGUUCUUCUUGCAAGCAGUAAUAUAAAUUUUUAUCAGAAGUUUUUGUUCUACCCACUGGAGGUAGUGGAAAAUGUAUACUUACUUGUUUGAAAGAUUUUUGUAAAAUUGAUAACCUGGAAGCUAAGGAGAAGCAGAUGUGCAUAAUAAAUUUAAAAAUGGGAAGGAGGGAAGGAAUGUAUUGCAUGAUACUUCUCACAAUUUGUGUGUUGUUUAGUGGAUUCAGUUUGUGAAAUGCUUAUGAAUGGAAAUAGUAAAUUUGACUAACACGUUUCUACUUUUAAAAAUUAAACAGGUAAUAUCUUUUUAAACAUAUCUAUUAAUAAUUUGAAGUUGUUUCUUAACAAUCACACAUGGCUUCAAUGUAUAGUCUGACUGAACAUUUCUUUCUACAUUCUGUAUUCUUAAUGAAAUCAACUGUGGGUAAAAGAUAGUGUGGCUGAAGUCAAGAAAUGCUGGAAUUGUUACCAUAGAAGGAAGAAGGUUAUACUCUACAUCCUAUUGACACGGAGUUCAUUAGUGAUUUAAAUAUUGUUAUAAUUUUAAGUAUGAAAUAUAAUUUCUGAGUUAUACUUUUUAAUUAAAAAAGUUUUUAGUCCAGUAGAAACAGUAACAGCAUGGUAUAAAAAUCUUUAAGCCAUUCACUUAUAAAAUUUUAGAUUUAUUUUACAAAUGUGCUCUCUCUUGAACUUAAUUUUUGUAAAAUAUUGUGCUCUUAAUUCUGUGAGAAAAUAUCUACACUUACAAUAAAACUUCUGAAUUGUGUAAGUACUAGAACAGACACUAACUAAAAUGUAUGUUUUCACAUCACAGUCUUAGUCUGGUUAAUGUUCGGUUUUCUGUUAUUACUCAGUAUUCUUAGAGUUCAUCGUAAAAUAAAUUCCUGGUGUUACAUUUUGUCAGUUUAGCUUAGGGAGUUGUUUAUUAUAAAUACUCUUUCAACAAAUAGUUAUAUGCUGUUGGGCUUGGCUAGCACUUGGAUGGGUCACUGUUGUGUAUACUGAGCAGAGUUGGCAAGCAGAUGCACUCAACUCUUGUAAGGCAAAUCGAGGAGCUACCUGAUUGAGAAGUAGCAGCUCCGGUCAUGAAAAUGGCCGGGAGAGUGGUAUGCUGACCUCACGCCCCUCCCUAUUUGCAUCCAAUGAUGCCUAUAGUCCUGAGGAUGACACAGCAGUUGGUCAGUAUCAUUGGGUUAUAGAGUUAAAAGUGCAUAGGUGGUCACUGAGGCACAGAUGAAUGGUGGGAGACACAUUGGUGCACUUAAAAACCAUGUAAGAUCACAAGAUUUUUCUAAUUUACCACAUGCACAUGCUGUGGAGGUGAGGGGUAUACAUAGUUGGGUUUGUACUAAAAUUAGAAUAAUAAUUUGAGAGAUGAUGCCUAUUCUUUUACCAUCAUUCAUUUUUAAGUGGCUAUCUGUACUAAUUUUUGAUAGCACAUCUAUCUUAUCAUUCCAGUAUAAUACUCAGUUCUCUGUGGAAUACAAACAAUGUAAAGGUAACCUCUCACCAUACAGUUGAUAAAUCAUAAGGCAUAUGAACACACAGAAUAUUUUAUAAGCAGUCUGCCAGGUUUCCAUAUAAAAUUCCACUCAAGUUUUCAAUAUUUUUGAUGUUAAUUCGCAUAGAAAUAUGAAAGAACGACAGUGUCAUGGAUGAGCACAGAAAUAGUUUCAGCACAUGAUUUUGUUAAAAACCACUCACAGAUUUAAAUUUAAACUCAGUUGUGAAGAGAAAAAUUCUGUGACAUGGCGGAUACACAUCUGAUGUUUGUAGACUGUUACACAUUGAAGUUUAAAUUUAUUCCCUUUAUUAUUUUUGUUUUGCUGUAGAGGAUGAAAAUGGAG